AUGGCAGAAUCUGAAGUUGUUGGUUUACUGAAGCAACUCAUGCAAAUUCCGUCAUGCAGCAGAAGAACAGGCCAUUGGCAUAUUCCUCGAGUAACACUUGAAGAGUUUGGGCUACACACUCUCGCUGCAAUGUAUAAGCAUAUCUUAGCUCUUCUCGCGAGACGCGUGUUUGCCUCACUGCGCACAUGGAUACGGUUCCUCGACAUAUCUCACUUCGAGAGACACCCAAUAUACAAAGGCGGUCCAGAAGUUUGA